AUGGGAAACUAUUUUGUUGCAAAAACCCAAGACAUUCAAACAAAGCUUAAUGAUAUGGUGCAACGAUUACCAGAUUUCGUUGCUGAUAAUGCUUCUGAAACAAUCACUCCUUUACACAAUUUCACCACACUUACGGAAGAAGUCCUGAAACUUGUCAAAGGCUGUAAGAAAAAAGGUUGUAAUCUUGAUCCCAUGCCAACGCCUUUGGUAAUUGACUGCAUUGAGUGUUGUUACCAAUAAUUACAAGAUCAUUAAUUUGUCAUUGGAAUCGGGAACGUUUCCUGAUGCUUGGAAAAACGCUCUUGUUCACCAGCUAUUGAAAAAGCUCGGACUCGAUCCCCUUUUUAAGAACUAUAGACCCAUUAGUAAUUUACAGUUUAAAUUAACGUUUCCAAAUUAACUGAGAAAGCAGUGUUCAACCAGACGCAUGCGCAGACGCGACGCAUAUGAUGGCCCACUCACUCUAUCCCGACUCACAAUCAUCCUAUAGACAGUUCCACAACAAGGUAACUGCACUUCUUAAAAUUACAAAUGACAUUUUAUUGAAGAUGAAUUCGCAAGAAGUUACUCUGUUGGUUCUACUAGAUCUAAGUGCGGCCUUCGAUACUGUUAAUCACAACAUUUUAAUCGAUCGUCUUAACGAGAAAGUUGGCCUUCAAGGCAAAGCUCUGGAUUGGUUCAAGUCGUAUUUGAACAACAGGAGUCAACAAGUUUCUAUUGCAAAAAAUGAGGCUACCCCACCUGGUUAUAAACUCUGCGGUCAUCCACGUCCUGACAGAAUUGGAGGAGGAACAGCGAUAGUUUUUCGUGAUACUCUGUGUACAACCAAGCUUGCAGCUGAUGUCUUAAAUUCCUUUGAAUACUCUGAGUGGAAGAUCGUUUCUGGAUCCUUUCGUGUACUUUUUGUCGUCAUUUAUAGACCACCAUAUUCUACAAAUCACCCGGUAACCGUGAAUGCAUUUAUUGUUGAAUUUUCGCAGUACUUGGAGACUAUUAUAAUGUCGACGGAUUCACUUAUUAUCACCGGUGAUUUCAAUAUUCAUGUGAAUUCAAAAACAGAUGGUGAUAUUCUGAAGUUUGUCGAUCUGCUAUUGUCCAUGGGUUUACAGCAACAUGUCGAAUUUUCUACACAUGUUUCUGGAAACACUCUUGACCUGGUAAUUACUCGAGAGGUGGACUCUAUUUUGGGAUCACCCAGUCGUCCGGACCACCUUUUCUCUGAUUACAUGGCGAUCUCAUUUGGGCUUAAUUCUUCCAAACCACUUCCUUCAAAGAAAUGUGUAACUUACAGAUCAUUGAAAUCUAUAAAUAUUACUAGUUUUAUGAAAGACCUGGGUGAAUCAAAACUAUGCUCGGAUGCUCCUACACAACUUGAUUCCUUGGUAAGCUGCUAUAAUAAUACGUUAUCUUCUGUUUUGGAUCGCCACGCUCCGCUGAAGAGGAGAAUUGUUACCUCUAGGGCUAUGGUACCAUGGUAUGAUGAGGAAAUCAAACUUGCAAAGAAGGAAAGAAGGAAAGCUGAGCAGAAAUGGCGGACUACAAAAAAGACGGCAGAUUUUAAUAAAUUUAAAUCAUUGAAAAACCAUUGUACUCAAUUAAUGAGGAAAGCAAAAUGCUCCUUUUUCUCUGACUUUGUCAAAGAAAACAGCAAUAACCAAGGGUCUCUAUUCAAAGCUAUCAAAGGAAAGCUAGUUGAAAAAAAUGCAAUAAGUUUCCCCGGACGUAAUGAAACAGCUCUCGUUAACGAACUUGGCAAAUAUUUUGUUCAGAAAUCUCUAAUAUCCACUCUGAGAUAAACAACGAGAUUUCUUCAAAUAAUGAUGGUCACGUAGAUCCUCCAAGUGAUGACAACGAGGAGUAUCCGGGUGAUGUAUCGCAUUUUGAUGCGUUCGAGCCCUUGUCUGAGGAUGAUGUUAGAAAGCUUGUUGUGGACUCACACAAAAAAUCCUGUUACCUUGAUCCAGUACCAACAGAUUUCUUGGUGAAAUGUCUGGAUCUGUUACUUCCUGUGAUUACAAAAAUAAUCAAUAUUUCACUUGAAACUGGGUACUUUCCUAGAAUGCUGUUCUUAGGGUUUGUAAUCCAAGUGGGUAUAUAUAUACAUUUUAAGACCUGACCAGGAACGACUGCGAAAAAUGCAGCACAAGGUCCUCUGGUAGGAAUUGAACUCACGGCCCUGCGAUUCCGGUGCAGCGCUCUAACCAACUGAGCUACAGAGGCCAGCUGUUGAGCUGUAACCGUAAGUUCAUGUAUAUAUAGGUGAUCGGGUGUGCGGGUUGAGAUAAGGUGGACUUCAAUGAUCUGGUUCAAUUCCUACCAGAGGACCUUGUGCUGCAUUUUUCGCAGUCGUUCCUGGUCAGGUCUUAAAAUGUAUAUAUAUACCCACUUGGAUUACAAACCCUAAGAACAGCAUUCAAAUAUUAAUACCACCAAGUGAAGUGCAAGAAACCAGAUCAUUGAAGUCCUACUUUCCUAGAGACUGGAAGGAAGCUAUCAUUCUUCCCAUAUUAAAAAAGUCUGGGUUGGAGUCCGCUUUUGAAAAUCUUCGUCCCAUCAGUAAUUUAGCAUAUAUUUCAAAGCUUAUUGAACGAGCAGUAUAUAAUCAAACGCACGAUCAUAUUCUUCGAUGUGGCUUUUAUAUCCACUUUUGCAAUCUGCUUACCGGCGGUAUCACUCCACAGAGACUGCGUUACUCAAAGUACUCAAUGAUAUUUUGUUAAGCAUGAACAGUCAACGUGUCACUCUCUUGGUUCUUCUGGAUCUAAGUUCCGCUUUUGACACAAUUGAUCAUGGAAUUUUGCUGGAACGGUUAAGGUCAAAAUUUGGAAUACAUGGAAAAGUUCUCAGUUGGUUUUCUUCCUACUUGUCUGGUCGAAGUCAACGUGUUAUGCUAAAUGGUACCCUUUCUGAUUCAUCUGAUUUGAACUUUGGUGUCCCGCAGGGUUCGUGUUUGGGGCCUCUUCUUUUUAUAUUAUAUGCCUCCAAACUGUUCAAUAUUAUUAACAAUCACUCGCCAGAUUCACAUGGUUUUGCUGAUGACACUCAGUUGUAUGUGUCAUUCAAACCUGACUACGCAUGCGAUCAAUGUGAAGCGAUCUCGGUAAUGGAAAGCUGUGUCAACGAUCUUCGGAAAUGGAUGAUUCAAGAUAAAUUUAAACUAAAUGACGGUAAAACUGAACUGCUAAUAAUUGGAUCUAAGCAACAACUGCAGAAACUUAACCCAUGCCAUGUACGUGUCGGGAAUGCCGAUGUAGCUCGUGAUCUAGGAGUUUGGCUUGAUUCAAAUUUAUCAAUGUCAUGUCAUAUAACAAAGACAUGUGGUGCCACAUUCUAUUGGCUUCACAACAACAAAUGCAUCAGCAAGUUUUUAUCUCGGGAAAAUCUGUUGACUGUUAUACAUGCCUUUGUUACAAGUCGACUAGAUUAUUGUAAUGGUCUCCUGUAUGGUUUACCUAAUGCUGAAUUGAUUAAGUUGCAGAGGGUUCAAAACGCCGCUGCAAGAUUAGUGACUUCAACACGAAAAUACGAUCACAUUACACCUAUAUUACGUGAACUACACUGUGAAGUUCAGGAUCCAUUUUAAACUGCUAUUGCUUACUUUUAACGCUUUACAUGGAAUGGCUCCAAAGUACAUGGUAUAUCUACUUGUUGUCAAAGUGGAAGGAAACUACCUUUUAAGCUCGAAUGAUAGCAUAAUGCUACAGUUCCCUAAGGGUAAAUUUUUACGGUCAUUUGGCGACCGAUCUUUCACUGUGGCAGCUCCGAAACUUUGGAAUGAACUUCCGAAAGAAAUUCGUGACGUUUCGUCAAUAAGCGUUUUUAAAACUUGUCUUAAGACUCAUCUUUUUAAACUAGCUUUUAGUAUUUAGUUUAUAUUAAAGUUAACAUUUCAACAUUUUACUACGCUUUUAACAUUAGUUACAUUGUAAUACAGCGCUUUUGAUCAUUAUAUGUAAAAAGCGCUUUAUAAAUUAUUAAAAUUAUUAUUAUUAUUGAUGGAACGCUUUCCAAGCGCUUUGACUUGGACUCUGGGGUUCCGCAAGGGUCAUGUUUAGGCCCUCUUCUUUUCAUUACAUAUGCCGUCUAAGCUGUUCAAGGUUAUCGAAGAUCAAUUUCCAGAUGCACAUGGCUAUGCUGACGACACGCAGCUCUCUAUUAGCUUUAAACCUGCUCGAACAUCGAAACAAGAUGUUGUGCGAGCAAUGGAGAAUUGUGUAGAGAAGAUAAGGUGUUGGAUGAUCUAUGAUAAACUUCUGAUGAAUGAUGGCAAGACCGAGUUCAUGUUAAUUGGCACCCGCCAGCAACUAAGUAAAUUGCAGCCGAUCAAUAUAUCAGUAAGCAACUCCGAGAACCACCCCAGUUCAAAUGUAAAAAAUCUUGGCUGCUGGUUCGACUCAAACCUACAGAUGUCGAAACAUAUUACGAAAACGUGCAAAGCCUGCUUUUUCCAUCUUCACAAUAUCAGACGUAUCAAAAAGUACAUAUCAAGAGAUUGUUUAUUGAUCUUGGUUCAUGCAUUUAUCACCAGCAAAUUGGACUAUAGCAAUAGUCUACUUUACGGUCUUCCCAAGAAACAAAUAUCCAAACUCCAGCGCGUUCAAAAUGCUACAGCCAGAAUGCCAGAUUGGUUAUGGAUAUACGGAAACAUUCUCAUAUUACGCCCGUUCUAUUUGAACUACAUUGGCUUCCAGUCUACGCAAGAAUACAAUUUAAAAUGUUACUGCUCACUUUUAAAGCUAUUCACAAGUUCACAACCAAGCGCCUUCAUACAUCAAAGACCUCAUCGAAAUUAAAUCGAAGUCUUCAUAUUGUCUUCGAUCUAACAGCGGUAUUUUGCUAGAAUGGCCAAAAAGAAAGAUGCUUGUCACCUUGGGUGGCAGAUCCUUCUAUGCAGCCGCACCACGAUUAUGGAACAGUCUUCCUCUUAGCACACGUACAAUUAUACUUCUCUUGAAAUUUUUAAAAAAUCUCUCAAAACGUAUCUUUUUCAACAAAGUUUUAAUUAUUAGUCUUAGAAAUGCGGGACUAUAUAUAUGAUAUCAUAUAUAAUAUCAUUAUAGUUUUAAAAAUAUGACCUUGUAUAUAACAAUUUCUCUUUCUAUGAACUUUUAACGUUUGUGAAGCGCUAUUGAUCAAACAUUGUAAAUAAGGCUAUAUAAGUAUUAAAUUUAUUCUAAUUAUUAUUAUUAUUAUAAUUAUUAUUAUUAUUAUAAUUAUUAUUAUUAUUAUUAAUUAUUAUUUUUAAUUAUUAUUAUUAUUAUUAUUAUUAUUAACUCUUCCCAACCAUAAAAUCCAUGUCUUCAACUUCUAAGACUGUAUUAAAUUCAUACGAUUGAUAAUAUACGACGAAUUAUCUUUACUACCAUUUAUUUGAAGGAGUUUGUUUUGGCCGUCGUCCUCGCGUUGCCGUCCUAAAAUCUUAAGGUCUCUAUUUCUCUGGUAAAGACCUCGCGCUCGGUUAAUAAGAAGUUAUUAAUCACUUUUUACUGGUAUAAAUCAUGGAUCACGUCAAAUAUAGCAUGUCAAAUAUAGCAGGUUUCCGUCACGCACCAAAGCCCCAAAACGUUUUGGUAUACUAUACGAGCUUAGUUUCGCUAAUUUUUUUAUCUUAUUUGACUAUAUUACAGAUAACAUUUUGCGGUUUUCUGUGCAGGUAUAUAGAUACAUAUAGAAGACUUCCAUUGUUCCGAAUUCCGCUCGGCUAUUAAUAAUAAUAAUAAUAAUAAUAAUAAUGAUAAUGAUAAUAAUAAUGAUAAUAAUAAUAAUAAUAAAAGCAUUUAUUUAAACACGAUGGUAAAUUUAGAGCAUAGCUGAUGUGGUCGUAGCCUGCUCGCAGGCGUUGUUGUUCUUACGCCAAGCGACCAAAAACUAACGUCUGCUUACCCAAGCUGCAUAUUCAAUUCCCUUUGUUUUAGGAGCCAAUCAUCUGGCAGGGUUCAAAAGAGUUAGAGCCAAUUGGAAGCUAGCCUGCUCGCAGGCCGUUGUCAGGCAGAGGCUUGUGAGCAGGCUAAUUGGAAGCCGCCUUAUUAACUACUGGGGAAAGCCCUUGCACAAAGUCCUUGGGUUGAAAUUUGUUUACUUGCGUGGAUAUAUUUUGCAAACUAUAGCGUUGAACUUCACGACGUUUGCGUAGAAUACUGUAUUGUGAUCAUCUUCUCGCUUGUUCUGCAAACAAUGCAGUAGGCGGAAUUUAAAUUUUUGUUAACAAUGACAAACAAUCAAUCGGGAAACUCGAGUAUAUCAGGAUAUGUCCAAAUGUUGCUCUUGAUACUUCCUAGGCCUAUAUACCAUGACUUCGACAAAAACGUCUAAAAGAUUAAGCUCUCGUUGUUAUGUAGAAAAGUAUAGCCAAGUUAAACGUUUCGAAGUUUGGGCGAAUUGGAAAAUUCGUCUCGGCGCAAUUACAAGUUUCUCGGGUUUGUGUUGUGUUUACAGUUUACAUUCAGAAGUGGUUGCUCAAACAGAAAACAGUCAAAAGAUCAAAUUUCAGUGAAAUAUAUUCGGUGUUUGAUGCUGUCUGGCCUAGAUUCAUACAGUAUAAAUAUGCCGUCCUGUCCGCGUUUUAUUAAAUAUAACCGAAUAUCUUCAAUAUCCAAAUCUGAUCAUUGGUGCAUUUUAUUACCUGGACAAGUAUCAAUAUCUUUAAAUUCAAUUAAUGAGCAAUUUUGACCAAAAUUCAACCGACGACUGCUUUCAAAAUAUUUAUUCAUAUUUAUUCCGCUCCUAAAUCAACUGACGUCACUUUCCAGAAUUUGGAAGGUAAAUUCUGAUUGGUUGACGUAGCGGAAUUCAGUUUGGCGCUCGGGUAAGCAGACGUUAGUUUUUCGUCGCUUGGCGUAAGAAUAACAACGUCUGAAAGCAGGCUAAUGUGGCCGUGCACGCGAAACUAACUACAAUAUAUAAAUAUAACAUAAAUAUACAUCUAACUCUAUAAGUAUAGGUAAGCAUGCGAUGGAAAGUACAAUUAGGGAUUAAUAGUACGAGUGAUGUUUGGAAAUUUUGCCAAAAUUGGACGAGCCGCCGGGGUGAGUCCAAUUUGGCAAAUUUCCAAACAUCACGAGUACUAUUAAUCCCUAAUUGUACGAGCAACAUCGCAUGAUAUUAGCAUGACAAAAUUGGAUACGCACUUCUCAAUGUCAGCAUCAUAUUCUCUCGGCAAAGCCCAGUCCUGCCAGACUUUCAACCAAAAUUUGGUGCUUUUGUUUGUAUUUUCAUUUAGUUCUUUUGUUAAAGCAAAAUUUGGUGCUUGUGUUCGUAUUUUCAUCUAGUUCCUCCACGGCAAUUUCAUUUCACGCUUGAGUUUAAAAUACGUUUCCGCCAUUUUGUUUGUUUUGGGAAAAUCAUUAAUUGUACUGCAGUACAAUUAAUGAAAUAAUUGUACUCCUCUCAACCAAUCAGCAUCCAGUAAUUUUGUCAUUCUAAUAAUAAGUGAUCUAACAGAACAACAAAUUACAUGUCACAUAACUGAGAUUUUACACAUCCAUACCGCAUAUUAUAACUACUUCAAACACUCAUUAAUAAUUGAUAAGCUUAUUGACAAAUCAUGUCAACCAUAAUAUGUCACGUGCGGUGGCUUUAAACCUGAUAAAACACUCCUAAUUAGUAUUCUUUAUAUAAAGAAUACUAAUAAGGCAGUAUGUAUCGUAGUCGUGUCCUCAUUAGUAUUCUUUAUAUAAAGAAUACUGAUAAGGCAGUAUAUCUACCGGGUGGCCCAAAAAAAAGUACUCCUGUUUGAUUCGUAAUAACUUCUAAACAAGUAAAGUUUUUAAAGAGAAAUAACUUGCAUUAAAUAGAGGAAGGACUAACUUAGAUUUUGAUAUAUUACAGUUGUAUUUAACUUAAAAAUUCACGGAUAUAUUAAUGUUAAAAAUGGGAGCAUAUUUUGGAAUGUGUCUAAAAUUAGCGAAAAUCGGCAUAUCAAAUAUUAACUCCAGCGUUUGUUUGCUUAAUGACAUAUUAGGCUAACUUGUAUUUCAGCGAAUUAUCGUUAAGGUUUGUAUGGGAUAUGGCGUAGAUUUAGACAUCUUACAUGUAAGUCUUAGCUCAUUGUUUCCUGAAAUAUGAACGUUCGAAAUUAUGCAAGUAUUUAAUAUUAGGUCUUUGCAAACUUAAAUGCACAUGAAAGACUGACCAUGGAAG